AUGUUACACACCCUAAUUUCGAACAGUUAUUGGACCAUGGCAUUAUGUUUCCCAUCAAUGGUUACUGAAGAUGAAGUUGAAAGGAAUUUAUUGCUUGAUUUACAAGUACAUUUUUUCCCUUAUAUUUAUUUGUUCAUUGAUAACCAACCAUCAGUUAGUUUGAAAGAGUCAUGGGGUUGGACAAUAGGUUAUAUUUUAGUUUAUUGGAUUUAUAUUGAAUGGGAAUGUGGUAGACAUGCACAUGAUGGGGUAAGUGGCUAUCCUUAUCCUUUCUUAAAAGGUAGAGGUGUGCUUGGUAGGUUUGGGUGUAUGUCCGUGUUUGCAGCUAUUGGCUGUUGUAAUUAUUUUGUAUUGCAGUUAAGAAAUAGAGUUUAG